UUCAGAAAAAUGGAAGCAAAUAGAGAAGAUGAAACGAACAACACCUCAACAGUUCAAAACCGACCAUUGUAUCGACCGAAACAAGUGAAAAAGGACAGUGGAAAAAAUCUGAAUGGAAAAAGUGGUGGAAGAGAAAUUAUAAAAAAUGGAGAAAUGCAGAAAGUUGAUUCAUCCUCUCAGGUUCCUGAAACUAAGAAAUACAAUUCGGAGGAUUCUAUUGAUCAUAACAUAGAACUGCUAAAAACACAAGUUGAGCUGGCACUAAGAGGAGUGAAUACUGACAGGAUACAGGAACUAAAUGUUGGACAAACAAAAAUAUCUAAUGACAGAGCUGUCAUUCUCUCAUGGGGAAGAGGUCAAACUUUUCCACCAUUUUCAGACAUUGAAGACGAUGUUCCGGAUGAUGGUCUUGUCCUGUAUGUUGCAAUCAAAUAUAAACAGAAUCAAAACGUUCAAGAGGAUGAGAAUAAUAAUUCUGAUGAUGUUGAUCAACUUAUUGAUACUGGUCAGGCCGUCUUAGAAUCUUCUGCAGGAGAAAGUGCUGAAGGAGUUAAGAGAGACAAAGAAAAGGAUGAGGAAGGUUGUAUCAACAAGGUUAACGACCCUGAAACUGGAAAUGGAUUUAUACCUUUAAAUACAGUUUGUUGCUCUACUGAUGAACAUCAAAGUACUUCUUUGCAGGUUCCUUCAUCUCCGCUUAAGUCUUCCAAAAAUGGUCGGAAAAGACAUGCAAAAGAGAAUUGGAGACGAUUGCUAACAACAAUGCGGGGAGUUGACUCAAAUAAUUGUGAAAACUUGUUCUUAAAGGAUGAGUAUAGUAGAGUACGUGUUGAAGAGGAUGAAAUUGAAGAUAUUAUUGAUGGAAGCUUUCAGAUAAAAACUCCAAACAUCUCAGAAGAGGAUGAUACUCCAAGUAAGAAACGAGUAACCUGGAGGGAAGAACUUGAAGAGACGAGAGAUUUAGAUGAAAUACUUCAAAUAGAUUUGGACAGAGUGGAUGGACCUGAGAUACAACAUGGACGGAACAAUAAUCAAAAUAGUUCAAGCUCUAGGAGGGGUAGACCUAGGGUUAGACAAAGGGCUCAAAACUCUUUGGAUAGUUUACCCAGAACUCCGCUUUCCUUGUCUUCUCAACAGAUGCAUAUCAGUUCAAGACGAGACACUAGCAGUUCAAGACGAGACACCAGCAGCCUUAAAAGAGACACAAGCAGUUUAAGACGAGACACUAACAGUUCCAGACCAGACACAAAUAGUUCAAGACACCUGUCUAAUCGGGAUACUCUACCAAGAGACAUAAAAGAUUUACAAAAACAAUCAACAAGUUCUGUAAAACAUCAUCGAGGGAUGUGGGCUAAAAAAUCUGGUCCACUAAAUAAAACAAGUUCUACUAAUAGUGUACCAAACUCCCCUACAAAAUCUCCGCUACAUGUUAGUUUUAGAACUCGAAGCUGUAGCAUAGAACGGGCAAGUUCUUUGGACAAUACAGCUGCACAAUAUUCAUUGGAAUAUUCGGCAAAUCCAGAUUCAGAUUCACUUAGAUUGGACAGAAUCCGACGAGUUAGAAGCCGACAUAAACCGUCGUCUUCGAACCUUUGGUUAGUUGGUGGACUUGACUCCUUCAAUUCAAGGGUAUCAAAUAGGUUUGUCUCAAGCUUGGAUGAAAACCCGGAUAGUCAGUAUUAUUUCUUCAGGUCACUGCCCAGACUCUCAGCUUCGGAGUCUUAAUUUUAUUUGGUAUUUAAAAAAAGAUUUUUUUUUGUUUUUUGGCAUAAUUCUCAUUAUUUUAAGUGAAAAAAUGAAAUUCCUAAAAUAAUAAAAGAGGUAUAUUUGGAUGAUGCCAGUAUAGACAAUGGGAGAAGGGAAAGGGUAAACCAGUUUUUUUUCUUCAUUUUUUUGGCAUGCAUUUUUCCCUCUUACAUAUAAAAAAGGUGUUUAAAUUGUAAUGUCGUCUUCCGCAAUCUUGUUUUCAUCAUACAACUAUCAUUGUAGAAAUUUAGAUUAAAUGUUGUGCAUUAUUCAAAUUUUGCAAAACUGUUUAUAUGUGUUAUUUGUCAGAUACUUAAAUGUUUAUGGUUUAAAUAAAAAAGAAGAAUUA